AUGAAGCUGUAUCUCCUCGACAGGGGACUACAUCGGGACAGCGACUUUGCUAAAGCUGUCGGGAUCGAAGAGCCAAAGACGUUGGAUGCAUUCUUCGAAAAGGCAAAGAAGUACAUCGCCUACGAGGAGAAACAGAAGGCCAUAGAUUUGAGGAGGCCUAAAAAUCAAGAAAAAACCAGGAACCACGAAAAAGAUGAAGCUGGAACCUCGCGAAGAGGUAACGAGAAGGGAAAGGAGGAAAGGAUUAAGGAUUCCAAACCUCCUCGAGGAAACCAUGGACACGUUACUGAGGACUGUGUCCACCUAAAAGACGCCAUCGAGAUUCUGAUACAAAAGGGCUAUGCCCGAAGGUACGUUCAGAACGACGAACAAGGACAACAACAACAACAGCAACAACGGCGGGAACCUCAAGAGGUCGCAAUGGCCAUUGAUGUUCCCGAGUAG